AUAGAACAAAAUAAAUAAGGAAUUAACAAGCUUUUCUUUUUUUAGCUGUAAACAUUCUUCAAAGUGUUCUAAAUCCCUAAACAACCCGACCACAACACCUACCCUCCCCAGUGAAGGACCAUCUGGGGUUUCUCACAUGACCUUGUAGACUGGCCUGCUAUUGCACAUGUGUCAACUUAUCUUUGUGCCACCUUUUACUUCUAUAAUUGGAGAGCAAAAACACAUGCUGCAGCUUUCAUGACAUCAGCUACGUAUUUUGCUUAUAAAAAGAAGGUAACCAAGCCCCAUUCAGCUCCAUAUUUCCCUGAAGGGGCAUCAAUAGCCAUCAGAAUGAGGGCAGGUUUAUAUUUGCUGGUUUUGCUGCCCUGCCUCUUGAUUUCAUGUGUUCUCUCCCUGCAAGCAAGUGAAGCAGAGGAGACCAAACUCCACGAUUUCCUGCCUGAUAAAAAGCAACCUCUGGACCCUGAUACCACCGCUGAUGAGCCCCAUGACCAAACCAGCACCGGCCCUGACAUUUGGACGGAGGUGAGGAUGCUGAGGGACAUGGUGGUGGAGCAGAAGGUGGAGCUGAGGAACAUGGAAGCCAGGCUGAGGGAGAAAGAGAUGCAGGCAGAUGAUCAGAAGUUGGAUCUCCUCCUAACUAAAACCAGCCUGGAGGAGCUGAAGAGAGAUCACACUACCACGGAGGAGAGACUGGGAGCCAGUGAGAAGCAAGUGGAAGAAAUUAAAAAAGUAAAUGUGGAGCUGAGGGUUGAUCUUGAGAACCAUGCAGCACAACUUUUGUCCAUAGAAGCCAGAGUGACAGUCGGUGACAGUGAGCUGCAGCUCCUAACACGCAGGAUGGAUGACUUGCAGGCUCAGAACGCAGCUCAAGAAGUUAAGCUGGCAUCUGUAAUAGACGGGAUGAACACUACUGAGAGCAGGGUGGAUAGUCACAUCAAAGAGAAUGCAAAGGUGGCAUUUUACGCUGCUUUGUCAGACUCACAAGGUGCAGGGCCUUACAAUACUCCAACAGUCCUAAAGUUCAUCGAGGUCUUCACCAAUAUUGGUGGCGCCUAUAGUCCAACCACUGGCUUCUUCACUGCACCGCAGAAAGGAGUGUACUAUUUCAGAUUUACAAUAUGUGGUCAUACAGCAAAGGGCCUCAUGGGAGUGCAACUAUUUCAUAACGGGAGAUCCAUAAUGUUUGCUGUUGCUCUAGAGCUGAAUGUUGGUGAUGAGUUACAUUUGGUCCUCCCAGAGGAGUAUGCAAUCUUUGAUAAUGAAACCAAUCACAGCACAUUUAGGGAAUUUUUGCUUUUCAAAAUGUGAUGCCAAUCUAAUACAAUUUGGAACAACCCAACAAAAUUAAAUACAUUAAAAUGAAUUCAUUCAUUAAUUGAUUAAUGUGUUUUUAAAGUCUACUCAGUCAAUGUAAUAGUAUAUAGUAGUAGGCUAUAGUAAUAAUAUUUACCAUCUUCAAUUAUCAGCAUAACUUUAU